AUGAAAAGUGAGGAGAAAGAGACUCUCCAGCCCCGGGCUCGGCCGUCUCCAGCCCCCAGUCUCCAGCCACGGGCUCGGCCGUCGCCGGCCACUAGUUUCCGGCCCCCAGUCUACGGCCACCAGUUUCCAGCCCCGGGCUCAGCCGUCUCCGGCUCCCGGCCUCCGGCCCGCCGUCUCCGGCUCCGGGCUCGGCCGUCGCUGGCCCCCAUUCUCCGGCCCCCAGCCUCCGGCCCGCCGGCUCCGGCCCAGGGCUCGGCCGUCUCUGGCCCCCAUUCUCUUGCCCCGUGCUCGGCCGUCGCCGGCCCACAGUAUUUGGCCCCCAGUCUCCGUCUCCGGCCCCCAGUCUCCGGGCUCUCAGUCUCCGGCUCCCAGUCUCCGGCCCUGGGCUCGGCCGUCCCCGGCCUUCAGUUUACGGCCCCCAGUCUCAUGACCCGGGCUCGGCCGUCUCCGGCCCCCAGUCUCCGGGCUCGGCCGUCCCCGGCCCCCAGUCUCGGGCUGCGGGCUCGGCCGUCCCCGGCCCCCAGUCUCCGGCCACGGGCUCAGCCGUCGCCGGCCACCAGUUUCCGGCUCCCAGUCUCCGGCCCCGGGCUCGGGCGUUUCCGGCCCCCAGCCUCUCGCCCCGGGCUCGGCCGUCUCCGGCCCCCAGUCUCCGGGCUCUCAGUCUCCGGCUCCCAGUCUCCGGCCCUGGGCUCGGCUGUCCCCGGCCUUCAGUUUACGGCCCCCAGUCUCAUGACCCGGGCUCGGCCGUCUCUGGCCCCCAGUCUCCUGCCCCGGGCUCGGCCGUCGCCGGCCCACAGUAGCCGGCCCCCAGUCUCCAGACCCGGGCUCGGGCGUCUCCGGCCCCACAGUCUCCGGCCCCUCAGUCUCGGCCAUCUCCGGGCCCCAGUCUCCUGCCCCGGGCACGGCCGUUUCCGGCCCCCAGUCUCCGGCCACCAGUCUCCGGCCACCAUUCUCCGGCCCUGGGCUCGGCCGUCUCCGGCCCCCAGUCUCCGGCCCCUCAGUCUCCAGGCUCUCAGUCUUGGCCGUUUCCGGCCACCAGUCUCCGGCUCCCAGUCUCCGGCCCCGGGCUCGGUCGUUUCCGGCCCCCAGUCUCCGGCCCCGGGCACGGCCGUCUCUGGCCCCCAGUCUCCUGCCCCGGGCUCGGCCGUCGCCGGCCCACAGUAUCUGUCUCCGGCCCCGGGCUCGGCCGUCUCCGGCCCACAUUCUCUGGUCGCGAGCUCGGCCAUCUCCGGCCCCUCAGUAUCCAGGCUCUCCGUCUCGGCCGUCUCCGGCCCCCAGUCUCCGGCCCUGGGCUCGGCCGUCCCCGGCCCCCAGUCUCAGGCUGCGGGCUCGGCCGUCGCCGGCCCCUCAGUCUCCAUGCUCUCCGUCUCCGGCCCCCAGUCUCCGGCCCUGGGCUCGGCCGUCCCCGGCCCCCAGUCUCGGGCUGCGGGCUCGGCCGUCCCCGGCCCCCAGUCUCCGGCCAUGGGCUCGGACGUCGCCAGCCACCAGUUUCCGGAUCCCAGUCUCCGGCUCCGGUCUCCGGCCCCGGGCACGGCCGUCUCCGGCCCACAGUCCCCAGCCCACCGUUUCCGGCUCCGGACUCGGCCGUCGCCGGCCCCCAUUCUCCGGCCCCCAGUCUCCGGCCCCCAUUCUCUGGUCGCGAGCUCGGCCGUCUCCGGCCCCCAGUCUCCGGCCCCGGGCUCGGACGUCUCCGGCACCCAGUCUGUCGCCCCGCGCACGGCCAUCGCCGGCCCACACUCGGCCGUCUCCGGCCCCCAGUCUCUGGCCCCGGGCUCGGCCGUCUCCGGCUCCCAGUCUCCGGGCUCGGCCGUCUCCUGCCCCGGGCUCGGCCGUCGCCGGCCCACAGUAUACGGCGCCCAGUCUCCGGCUCUCAAUCUCGGCCGUCUCCGGCUCCCAGUCUCCGGGCUCGGCCGUCUCCGGCUCCCGGGCUCGGCCGUCUCCGGCUCCCAGUCUCCGGCCCCGGGCUCGGCCGUCUCCGGCUCCCAGUCUCCGGCCCCGGGCUCGGUCGUUUCCGGCCCCCCGUCUCCGCCCACCAGUCUCAGGGAUCGGCCGUCUCCGGCCCCCAGUCUCCUUCCCCGGGCUAGACCGUCGGCGGCCCACAGUCUCCGGCCCCUCAGUCUCCGGGCUCUCAAUCUCGUCCGUCUCCGUCCCGCAGUCUCCGGCCCCGGGCUCGGCCGUCUCCGUCCCGCAGUCUCCGGCCCCGGGCUCGGCCGUCUAUGGCCCCCAGUCUCCUGCCCCGGGCUCGGCCGUCGCCGGCCCACAGUGUCCUGCCCCCAGUCUCUGGGCCCGGCCGUCUCCGGCCCCCAUUCUCCGGCCCCUCAGUCUCCGGGCUCUCAAUCUCGUCCGUCUCCGUACCGCAGUCUCCGGCCCCGGGCUCGGCCGUCUCCGGCCCCCAGUCUCCGGCCCCCAGUUUCCGGGCCCGGCCGUCUCCGGCAGCGGGCUCGGCCGUCGCCGGCCACCAGUUCCCGGCUCCCAGGCUCCGCCCACCAGUCUCAGGGAUCGGUCGUCUCUGGCCCCAAGUCUCCUGCCCCGGGCGUGGCCGUCGCCGGCCCACAGUAUCUGGCCCCCAGUCUCCUGCCCCGGGCUCGACCGUCGCCGGCCCACAUCUCCGGCUCCCAGUGGCCAGCCCCGGGGGCGGUCGUUUCCGGCCCUCGGUCUCCUGCCCCGGGCUCGGCCGUCUCCGGCAGCGGGCUCGGCCGUCGCCGGCCACCAGUUUCCGGCUCCCAGUCUCCGGCCCCGGGCUCGGUCGUUUCCGGCCCCCAGUCUCCGCCCACCAGUCUCAGGGAUCGGUCGUCUCCGGCUCCCAGUCUGUCACCCCGCUCACGCCCGUCUCCGGCCCCNCCGUCUCCGGCCCCCAGUCUCCGGCUCCGGGCUCGGCCGUCGCCGGCCCACAGUAUACGGCCCACAGUCUCCGUCUCCGGGCUCGGCCGUCGCCGGCCCCCAUUCUCCGGCCCCGGGCUCGACCGUCUCCGGCCCCCAGUCUCCGGCCACGGGCUCGGACGUCUCCGGCCCCCAGUCUCCGGCUCCCGGCUCGGACGUCGCAGGCCUACAGUAUCCGGCUCCCAGUCGCCAGCCCCGGGCUCGGACGUCUCCGGUCCCCAGUCUCCGGGCUCGACCGCCUCCGGCCCCGAGUCUCCGGGAUCGGUCGUUUCCGGCCCCUCAGUCUCCGGGCUCUCAAUCUCGUCCGUCUCCGGCCCCCAGUCUCCGGCCCCGGGCUCGGUCGUCUCCGGCUCCAAGUCCGUCGCCGGCCACCAGUUUCCGGCCACGGGCUCGGCCGUCGCCGGCCCCGAGUCUCCGGUCACCAGUCUCCGGCAUCGGUCGUUUCCGGCCCCCAGCCUCCGGCCUGCCGUCUCCGGCUCCGGACUCGGCCGUCGCCGGCCCCCAGUCUCCGCCCCCGGGCGCGGCCGUCUCCGGCCCCCAGUCUCCGGCCACCAGUCUCCGGGCUCGGCCGUCGCCGGCCACCAGUUUUCGUACCCCAAUCUCCGGCCCCGGGCACGACCGUCUCCGGCCCCUCAUUGUCCGGCCCCGGGCUCGGCCGUCUCCGGCUCCCAGUCUCCGGCCCCGGCCUCGGUCGUUUCCGGCCCCCAGUCUCCGCCCACCAAUCUCAGGGAUCGAUCGUCUCCGGCUCACAGUCUGUCGCCCCGCGUACGGCCGUCUCCGGCCCCCAGUCUCCUUCCCUGGGCUCGGCCGUCUCUGGCCCCCAGUCUCCUUCCCCGGGCUCGGCCGUCGCCGGCCCACAGUCUUCGGCCCCGGGCUCGGCCGUCUCCGGCCCCCAGUCUCCGGCUCCGGGCUCGGCCGUCGCCGGCCCCCAUUCUCCGGCCCCCAGUCUCCGAGCCCGGCCGUCUCGGGCCACGGGCUCGGCCGUCGCCGGCCACCAGUUCCCGGCUCCCAGUCUCCGGCCCCGGGCUAAGUCGUUUCCGGCCCCCAGUCUACGGCCACGGUCUCGGCCGUCUCUGGCCCCCAGUCUCCUUCCCCGGACUCGUNUCUCCGGCCCCCAGUCUCCGGGCCCGGCCGUCUCCGGCAGCGGGCUCGGCCGUCGCCGGCCCACAGUCACCGGCCACGGGCUCGGCCGUCUCCGCCCCCCAGCCCACAGUCUCCGGCCCGGGCACGGCCGUCUCCGGCCCCCAGUCCCCAGCCCGCCGUUUCCGUCUUCGGACUCGGCCGUCUCCGGCCCCCAGUCUCCGGCCCCGGGCUCGGACGUCUUCGCCCCCCAGCCUCCGGCCCGCCGGCUCCGGCCCAGGGCUCGGCCGUCUCCGGCACCCAGUCUGUCGCCCCGCGCACGGCCAUCGCCGGCCCACAGUAUCUGGCUCCCAGUCUCCGGCCCCCAUUCUCCGGUCCCGAGCUCGGCCGUCUCCGGCCCCCAGUCUCCGGGCUCGGCCGUCUCUGGCCCCGGGCUCGGCCGUCUCUGGCCCCCAGUCUCCUGCCCCGGGCUCGGCCGUCGCCGGCCCACAGUAUCUGGCCCCCAGUCUCCGGCUCCGGACCCGGCCGUCUACGGCCCCCGGUCUCCGGCCUCGGGCUCGGCCGUCUCCGGCCCCCAUUCUCCGGCCCCUCAGUCUCCGGGCUCUCAAUCUCGUCCGUCUCAGUCCCGCAGUCUCCGGCCCCGGGCUCGGCCGUCUCCGGCCCCCAGUCUCCGGCCCCGGGCUCGGCCGUCUAUGGCCCCCAGUCUCCUGCCCCGGGCUCGGCCGUCUCUGGCCCACAGUAUCCGGCUCCCAGUCGCCAGCCCCGGGCUCGGCCGUCUCCGGCCGUGGGGGCGGUCGUUUCCGGCCCUCGGUCUACUGCCCCGGGCGCGGUCGUUUACGGCCCCCAGUCUCCGGCCCCGUGCUCGUCCGUAUCCGGCCCCUCAGUCUCGGCCGUCUCCGGCCCCCAGUCUCCGUCCCCUCAGUGUCCGGCUCCGGGCUCGGCCGUCGCCGGCCCACAGUAUACGGCCCCCAGUCUCCGGCUCCGGGCUCGGCCGUCUCCGGCCCCUCAGUCUCCAGGCUCUCAAUCUCGUCCGUCUCCGGUCCCCAUUCUCCGGCCCCCAGUCUCCGGGCCCGGCCGUCUCCGGCAGCGGGCUCGACCGUCUCCGGCCCCCAGUCUCCGGCCCCGGGCUCGGUCGUUUCCGGCCCCCAGUCUCCGCCCACCAGUCUCAGGGAUCGGCCGUCUCCGGCCCCCAGUCUCCUGCCCCGGGCUCGGCCGUCGCCGGCCCACAGUAUCCGGCCCUCAGCCCCCAGCCCGCCGUUUCCGGCUCCGGACUCGGCCGUCGCCGGCCCCCAGUCUCCGGCCCCGGGCUCGGCCGUCUCCGGCCCCGGGCUCGGACGUCUCCGGCCCACAGUAUCCGACUCCCAGUCGCCAGCCCCGNAGCCACAAAGAGAUGAAAAGUGA